UUCUCGACGGGCUGUCAGUUAGUGCCGUGGCGCCGUGACGGUACGGUGACCUUUUGCGUGUCAUUCUUUCUAAUCUUUCUUCUUCCUUCGCGUUGAUCUUCGAUCUCGUGCCGUCGCGCCGUCGUAGAAAUAUUAACAAAAAAGAAAAAAAUCGGUGGAAGGGGAAAGGGACAGCUGCUCGAAGAAGGGAAAAAAAAGAAAAAGAAAAAAAAAGAAAAAGAAAAGAAAAAAACAAACAAACAAAUAACAGCCAAGAUUAUAGCACCGUGAGAUUUAUUUUUCUAACAAUUUAGAAAACUACAUAUGGAGAACAAGCUAAUACUGUGUGCAGUUAUCUUUUUUUGGAAGAACUUCGACCAGUGUAAUAAAAAGAAUAAUUGUGAUUAGCUUAAGUGUUUUAUUCUACUUGCAGAAAGUGAAUUCUUUUUUUCUUUUUUUUCUUUUUUUUUUUUUUUUUUUUUUUUUUCUUACAUUACGUCGAACAAACGAGAGAGAAAGGAAAGAAACAAAUAAAAGAUAACAUUCGUGUGUUCUCGAUGAUCUACAAGUUCGUGUCCAAUCGUGUGUGUUACGCGUACUUUUGCUGACGGCUCAUGUGGAUAACAAUUAACAAGAUUCACCAAAACGCGACGGAUUAAUUUAAAGGAAGAUGAAACGAGAAGGAUCGAGGAGUAUCAUUUAACGAGCCGCGAACCCGUUUUUCUUUCGGAUGAACGUCGUCGGGCAACUCGUCGCUCUCAUCUUUGCUCGUUCUGUCUUUGCUCCGGUUGGAAAGGCAAUUAGCAACGACGCUCAAGCGGCAUCUUUGAUCGUUCUUUAUCGUUCAAAGAGGAGACAGUCGUGGAUUCAUUAAUUCAAUAUCAACGUAGUCGCUCUCGCUGGGUUUACGUGUGCCUUAAUGGAACGUAAAUCGCGUGAACGAUUAAUAAAGGCCGGUGUAGCGAAUUAAUGGUGCCGAACGCGCGAAAUGUAUUUUCUCGCUUUAACGAGCACGACGAUCGAAGUAAGCCAGUUUGGAGAUCCCUUCCACGUUGAAAGAUCAGUCGAGUGGAGGAGCCCGAGGAACGAUAAACACGAAGCGCUUUAGAAAAAAUAAAAAAGGAGUAGCGGUUAUGAAGGUUCGAUGACUACGAGUUUUAGUGACAUCAAUAUGGACUCACGUUAUCUGAGAACCUGGCUUCUACAAAUUUUACUUCUUAUUUUGUCCUGUUCGCCUGGACGAUCUAUAGACAUAUCACAAUGCAUCGCACCCUUAGGAAUGGAGUCCAGGGCGAUCCCAGAUGCCGACAUUACAGCCAGCUCGAGUUUUGAUAGCGGAAACGUUGGACCCCAUCAUGGCCGGCUACGACAAGAAAGUCACGGUGGUGCUUGGUGCCCGAAGCAACAGAUCACAACUGAACCACGUGAAUGGUUGGAAAUCGAUUUACAUACGGUGCAUAUGAUCACGGGUACUGGUACUCAAGGUCGAUUUGGAAAUGGACAAGGCGUUGAAUAUUCGGAAGCGUAUCUUUUGGAAUAUUGGAGGCCUAAACUUGGCAAAUGGGUUCGCUACAGGGAUGUUCGUGGCGAGGAAGUGAUAAAAGGCAACACAAAUACAUACCUGGAGUCGAAGCACGAGCUAGAUCCACCAAUGUGGGCGAGCAAAGUACGAUUCCUACCGUAUAGUUAUCAUCGUCGUACAGUUUGCAUGAGAGUCGAGUUGUACGGUUGUCCUUGGAACGACGGUAUCGUUUCAUAUUCGAUGCCUCAAGGAGACAAGCGAAGUAACUGGGAGUUCUUUGAUGCUACUUACGAUGGUUACUGGGACGGUCAGCUACUACGAGGAUUAGGUCAACUAACCGACGGCAAGAUCGGCCCGGAUAAUUUCAAGAUGAGCUACUACGAUUACGAUCGUGGUCAAGGUUGGGUCGGCUGGAGGAAUGAUACUCGUUCGGGUCAUCCGCUCGAGAUCAAAUUUGAAUUCGACCACGUCAGAGAGUUUUCAGCCGUUCACAUUUACUGCAAUAAUCAGUUCACCAAGGAAGUACAAGUGUUCUCCGAAGUGAGCAUCAUGUUCAGCGUGGGUGGCAAGUAUUACACUGGCGAUCCAAUCGUCUAUUCAUAUAUGGAAGAUAAGAUUUUUGAACAAUCGAGAAAUAUCACUAUCAAACUUCAUCAUCGAAUUGGAAAAUUUGUCAAAUUGAGGUUUAGCUUCGCUGCUAAAUGGAUAAUGAUCAGUGAAAUCACUUUUGAUUCCGAUAUCGCGCAUGGUAAUUUUACUCCAGAAGUUCCGCCUACAACCGAAGCUCCACGAAGUCGUGAUCGAAAUUCUGCUCGAGACAAUCCCUUGCAAGCCGAAGUUCCCGUCGCUAAACAAGAUGAUCCUACAUAUAUGGCCGUAAUCAUAGGAGUUUUAGCAGCAGUCAUUUUGCUUUUAGCAGUUGCUAUUUUUCUCAUAGUGUCACGUCAUCGACAAAGAAAAAACUUUGCCAGUCCCUUAGGUGCGAAAAGUGCAAUUCCUUCGAGCAACCAUCAGCAUUUAUCACCCGAAUCAGCUUAUGGAACAACGGAGAAGGAUCCUUCUUUGAUGACGUAUAGAGUAGAGGAAUUAGACGAUCGGUAUGCUGGAACGAAAUUAACGACCCUACCACGUGAUCUCAAUGAUCGAUUAUUGGGAGAUGUUAGAUUGGACGAAUAUCAGGAACCCUUCCACGAGAACAAGUAUCGAGAGCCUCCUCAUGCUGCUUAUUACGGAUACAGCACCGUCGUUAUAGACAACAAGGAUCUUCACGACAGCGUUGAACAAUCUGAUGCCACCUACGAUUACGCGGUACCAAUGCCUGUGCCUAGCGUGAGCAGCGAUCAAGAUAGCGUAUUUUCCAAGUCGUCAUCCAGAGGCAGUGCGAAGGCGUGUUUACAGAGCUUUUUUCCACCUCCCCCACCACCGAUGAGUGCUCCACCACCACGCGGCUCGAACAAUCUGACAUACUCCAAUCCUCCGAGUCCAGAGCCAGUGUGCGAACGCGAACGCAGAGGAAGCAAACGCAGAGAACACUCCCUUCAUAGAUAUGCGUAAAAUCGCACGACACAUGUUCAUCCAUACAUACAUACAUAUACAUAAACAAUGAAGCACACGCGCGCGCAUUCUUCAGGGAUAUACGCAAAACGUGUCGAAGGUUACAGAGGUACGUUAAUUACUAUACUUGAUUAAUUACACUACUCUUUGAUCUUCGUUUAAUUUCAACUUAUUAAACGAUAUUUCUUUUUUAACUUUCAAGUAAUGGUUCAAGUAAUCUGUAAUAAGGAAAAUACAAAUAUGUGUAUAUACUAUCCUACAUCAGUGACCCGUUGAUCAUUCACACAUUGUUAUAUCAUUUUUAAUCGUCAUAAUUAUAAGUUAAUUAAUAUUGCGUAGUUAUUAUAAAAUCAUGAAUUCUUAUAUGAAUAUAAUUGAAAUGGAGCAAAUUUAACACGUAUAAUAACACGACAAAAGCAAUGAAGAUCAAGCAAUACGUUUUACUCUAUCAAAUGCGUCCUCGCACGAUGAGUCUUAUGGGAAACACACGAAAUCGUAUGUGUUCGCAUGAAAGAUCUAACAAAUUUCAAAUUUAUUUCGUUUUUCUUCGACGUGCACUGCCAUUGACGCACUAUAAACAAUGUAAUCGUAGUUAAGCGUUAAUAUUCGAGAAUAUAGUAUGUGUGUAAAUAUAUAUAUAUAUAUAUAUAUAUAUAUAUAUAUGUAUAUGUAUAUGUAUAUACAUACUAAACAAGUAGUUAGAUAAAACGGGCGUAAUUCUCACGGUUGUAUUACACGAAAUUAGCAUAUCAGAUUUUAAUAAUGAUAAUCGCGAUAAUUACCGAUCCUUAACUCUUCUGGAAAUUCAACGUCGCGACACGUUUCCUUUAUAAAUGGAUUUUGGGAGAGAAAAAAAAAAAAAGAAAAAAAAUCCAAUGAUUUGUGUAUGAAAAAAGAAAGAAAAAGAAAGACAAAGAGAAAGAGAAUAAGAUAAUAAUAGAUGUGCUCGUAGUAUCGACGGAUCGAACGAGGAACAGCCAAUCAAGAUCGAACGUAAUUCAUUCGAGCUACUCGAAUACUUAAGACAUAUCUUUUGUAGAAUGAUAAUACAUACUCGUAUUAUAGUAAUGGGCUGCUUCGAUUUUUUAUAGGAUUACGUCGUUUCUCGUUACUCGUAAAGAUCUAUCUCACUCUCUCUCUCUAUCUUUCUCUCUCUCUCUCUCUCUCUCUCUCUUUCUAUCUAUCUAUCUAUCUAUCUAUCUAUCUUGCUCACUGCCAUUGUAUUCCGGAUGUCACACGAUCAUUUUUAUUAUCGUACAAUCCUUACUUUUGUUCCUAAUUCUCUUUCUCCUUUAUCUUAAUAUUAAGAUGAUCGGAAUACGCUUGAUCUUUAACUUCGAACGCUUUAAACGCGUCGUUAAGAGAUACGCGAGAAAGGACGUAGAACAUUUGUAUAUAUUUUACGUAUCUACUUUGUAAGAAGAAAAAUAAUAAUAAAAGAAAAACAAAGGAGAAAGAAUGUUAACGCGUAAUAAAACUAAUCGAGAUAACUGACGGAUUUCCAGAACGAGUAAAGCUAAUGAUUCGCUCUAUUCGGCACGCAUGUGCAACAAGAUCGAGCUCACUAUCGAUUCGAGUCCGACCGAAAGAUAUACACACGCAUAUAUAUAUAUAUAUAUAUAUAUAUAUAUAUAUAUAUAUAUAUAUAUAUAUAUACUAUAUUCAUAUAUAUUCAUAUAUGUAUAAUAUGUGUAUAUAUAUGUGUCUACAAUUACACAAAGAAAAGAGAGAAAGAGGGUUAAAAAAAAGUAAUGUCGAGCUUGAUUAAUCGAAUAUUUAUUCGAAAGAACGUCGGCACGAGCGAAGGAUAAUUAAUCGCUCGGUUUAGAGCGCUUUUACGAGCGUUGUGGACCAGAUCGAUCCAUCGAAAAAGCGUCGGGACAAUAUAGCGAGCUUUGAUCUCGAAUCUUAGCUAAGACUGACGUUUGGAUAAAAAUAAUGAAUAUGUAUAUUAUAUUAAAAUAAUGAACUUUAUCCGAUCCUCUUCCCGAUACAACGGGCUGAGACGCUUGCGCGCGCGCUUCCUUUAUCGUGUUAUAUACAGGAUGUCCUAUAUAAAACGGAACAUUUAAAUAUUAACAUAGACAAAUAUUACAGGACAAAAUUGUACUGUUUAAAAUAUAAUAAUGUGGACAUUUUACGUGACACCCUGUAUAUACAUACAUACAUACGUAUAUAUAUAUAUAUAUAUAUAUAUAUAUAUAUAUAUAUAUAUAUAUAUAUUAUAGAUAUUAUGCUGUAUAUUCUUUUGCAAAAUCCUAUAAAUGUAUCUAGUGAUAUUUCCCCAAUUUUGCAAUUCCCUGAAAGACCCUCUUUAUUUAUAUACAUAUGUAUGCCCACGAGAAAUGAAAUUAUGAAUAUAAGUAUGUGUGUUUAUAUAUAUAUAUAUAUAUAUAUAUAUAUAUAUAUAUAUAUAUAUAUAUAAAGAUUGAAUGAAUGAUUGCAUAUUAUCCAAAACGAACUCUAAACGUACAUAGUACAUAUAUGCAUUAUAUACAUAUAUUAAAGACCCAAGAUUAUUUCUCUAUCUGUACCAAAACGCCUUCAAGCAACGAGAUUAAACAAAAUAAAAUAUACAGACGUAAGGAAUAGACAAUACAGGAUGAGACAACAAUAAUAAUUGCGUGUGUAUUAAGUAACUAACAAAGAUGAUAAGAAAGGGUUAAGGAAUGAAAAAAGAACAGGAAAAGAGUAUUCGAGUACAGGAAGAAAAGAACGUUAACGCGACUUUAUUGUGAUAUAGAAAAAAAAAAAAGGAAAAAAAGAAAAAAAAGAGGAAAAAAAAAAAAGAAAAAAGAAAGAGCUUGCGGCUCUCGCGAAUAGCACUCUCCCUCUCUCUUUCUAACACUCUUUUCCUCUAUCUCUAUUUCUUCGUUUAGCGCGCGCGCGUGUAUGUGCUUUAACACGUCUCGUCGGAGAGAAGUUUCCUUUUUUUAUUUCUCGAUUUUUUUUUUGUGGUCCAAAGGUGUGGAGGGAAGGAAGAAAAAGGAAAAGAAAUUGAAAAAAAGGAAGAAAGAAAAGUGCACGCGAAAGGAUUUUAGCGAUGUAUAAUUAAAUUGUUUUCAUUACUACCUAGCCAGGAUUCUUUUAAUGAAUUUGAAACCAUCGUGAGAAUCAUGCUCGAGAAAUAAUACAAUUUUUAUAGAUCACAAGAAAACUAUAUGUUCCUUGGACGCUUAUGUCCAUUAUUUUUUUAUUUUUUAAUUUCUUUUCUUCUCUUUUAUUUCCUUUUUUUAUUUUUAUUUUUUUUUUUCUUUUUUCUUUUAUUUUGGAGGGGAAGGCACAGAGACGCGUAUGUAUAUAUAUAAGGUAUAUAUAUAGAUAUAUAUAUAUAUAUAUAUAUAUAUAUAUAUGUAUAUAUAAAUAUAUAUAGUGUUUUACAACGAUCAAAAUCUUAGCAAUGUAUAUCUCUAGUAUAUAAUAAUCGUUGACAUCGUCGCCUCAUAGGAUAUAUCGAAUGAAGGAAAAGUUAUUAGGAAAAUAAAAAAAAUGGUGAAUAAUGAUAAGAGUGCUUCAAAGUGCUUCGACGGAAUGUAAAUAUUAAUUGUUAGGGGACCGCGUAAAUGUAAUACAUAGAUAUAUACAUAUAUGUAUAUAUAUUACACAUACAUACAUACAUACAUACAGAUAGACAGACAGACAGACAGACAAACAAACAAACAAACAAACAAACAAAAAACAUAUACAGAUCUUCUCAAGCGCCUUAAGUUCAUAGGAGGCACGAGCAAAUAAAUAAUUUCAAUCGCAAUAACGGCGUGUAUCUUUGUUACAAAACGAAGUGCAUCAUUUUUCGUGAUUCGAUACGGCGAGGAAUCGAAAGGAUCAAUUUCACUAGAACUAUUCGUUCCAGGACUAUUCCUCCUGCACUUCCAAUAAACCUGUCGAUUCCUCUCCGACGACAAUCAUCGAUUUAUAUUUAAGAACGAGCUAUAAGACGCGAAGAUGUUACGUAAGACUUAUCUCGUUAUUGUACUUUCCUUUUCUUUUUUUAUCCAAAAUUUUUCCAUGUAUCAUAUAUCGUAACGUUGAAAUUAGUUGUAUCCUUUGGAAAAGAAGAAAAAAAGAAAAGAAAAAAAAAAAAAAAAAACAAGAAAAAAGAAAAAAGAAAAAAAAAAAGGAAAAAGAGACAACUAAUUUCUUUCAGACAAAUCUGUCGCAUUAGUUGUUUAUAUGAUAUAUCGGAAAAAAAAAAAGAAAAUGUUAAAGGUCUAACCAGAAUGAUAAAGUGUUAUCGAAUGUUAAUGUGAAAGGGAAAAUAUGUGAGUGAGGGCAUGAUAGAAAGCAAUGAAAAAGGAGAGGGAGAAAGAAACAACGAAAAAUAUAACUUGUAAUUUUACGUCGAGAAUUCGUGAUCUAAGCUCUCGAAAUAAAGAAAGGCAUUUUGCUCGAGUUUUGCCAUAUCUGUUCGCGAGUAUGCACUUCGUGCAUGCUACCCUUAAAAUGGA